AUGCAUUUCCAGACGGUUGCGAGCCUUUUGGCGCUGUCCGGCGCAGCAAACGCCUUUUACGAUUCGUCGCCAUGGAUCCUGCUGUCCACGUCCCCCUUUGCCAAAGCGCCCAGCGCAGACCAGAUCCAGACCAGCUCCUCAGUACUGGGCUUUACCCGAGACGCCCUGUCGACGUGCCCAACCGAUCGCUACCUCAUUGUGUCCCAGCCUGGCUUGAACACGGAGGACAUCCGGAGAUCCAAUGGCUGUGCACUGCCGCACCUGUGCCAGGCCGUCGACGAUGGGCGAAUCAAGGGCAAGGCCGUUGUGUCCGAAGUCGUCGGGGACCUCGCAGAUGCAGACCUGUCGGACUACAUCAAGUCGGUCUGCGCCAAGGAGAACAAGGCGGUUACUGUGGACCAAGUCCAGCUGCCUCCCCUGUCUUUGGAAGACAGAGCUGGCGCAUGGGCUGCCAACGACGACAUACUCGCGCACAGCCUCGACAAGGCCACGGCGGGCGACAGCUACACGUUCAUCUUCUUCUCGACUGCGGGCGAGCCAACCUACGAAGCCGAGUUUGAGGAAGCCGUCCGCAUGGAGUUGAAGAGGGAUGUCGACAACACACAGAAGCCGCAGUCGAAAAACGAGACUGAAUGGGAUAAGCUCCCCAUAUUCGAAAAGUACCAAUUCUUCACCCCUGGCAUUUUCAUGGCGCUCAUCACGGCGGUUGUUUUGCUUUCUAUCCUCAGCGUUGGACUCCGAGCACUCGGGAGUCUGGAGGUGUCGUACGGUGCCUUUGAGAAGGACAUGGGUCCCGCCGCCCAGAAGAAGAACCAGUAG